AUGUCCAACAUCCUCGGCCAAGUCCAAUCAGCCGCCACCAGCACCUUGAACACCACUGUCAACCUGGUCAAUCAAGCAGCCGCUUCCGUUUCUCAAGCUGCUAAUUCCGAAACGGCUAAAAAUAUUCAAGCUCAAGCUGGAUCCAUCGCCUCCAACGUCGGUACACAAGCUUCACACCUCGCCUCAAACGUUGGUACUCAAGCUUCCAACAUGGCAACCAACGUCGGUACUCAAGCCACCGCUUUGGCCGGUCAAGCCCACAAACAAGCCCAUAUGAUCGCUCCUACUAUAGUUCCUGCUCCUGCUGUUGCUGCCAUCGAAACGGGAGGGACGGUGGAUGAGAGCGGGGAUUUGAGUCCGACGAACGAAAAGGAUGUGCAAAAGAUGGAUAAAUUAUUCGCGCAGAGGGCGAGUGCGAAUGAGUUACAAGAGAAGGGCAUUUUAAAGGGUGAACCUGGAGAUGCUUUAGCUGGAAAGAAAGCAGCUCUUGAAGGAGCCAUGAUGAAAGAUAAACUAAAUGAAGGUCUUGCUCAACGUCCAACAGCCGAAGAGUUGGUAAAGAAAGGUAUUCUAACAUGUACAACCCCAAAAAUGUGGAUCUUGUUCGGAUUUCGGUUCCGGCCGAAAGAGCGCGUAAACCCCACCACAAAUGUCGUUUCUCCUACCACAUCUUGGCAUUCCUCUACCAAUCCUACAUCACUCAUGACCACUUGGCCUCUCCAUGCCGAGGAGAGAGAAGGGGGGAUGAGCUCGUCGGAGCAGUCAAGCAAGUCCUCCUUGAGUGAUGCUUCCAAGAGGGAAUUGAAGCCUAUCGGGAUCAUCAACGAACAUAACACUUGUUUCCUCAAUUCAACAUUUCAAGCUCUAAGCGCCACCCGACCAUUGAUAUCUCUCUUAUCUCAAGAUCCUUCUUCCUCCUUACGGCCUCUUCCAUCCCUUCCCCCACCGAUCCUAUCCGCUUCGAACCUACCUGUAUUUCAUCCGUUAGCCAACGAACCCGACCUGUAUCCUCUGCUACCUAUCACCCGAGCUUUCCUCUCGUCUCUACAAAAAGCCUGGAGUUUGAAAGAUGCAGGAGGGGGUACUUCCGGAAUCCACGAAAUGGAUCCUGGUAGAAAUAUGAGUCUCAAACCUCUUUUACGUGCCAUAUCCUCUAAAUACGAUCAAUACGAUGAUGUCAGUCAACAAGAUGCUCAAGAAUUAUUACGACAUUUAUUAGAUUCAAUGGAAAUGGAAGAGAAAGAUGUGAUCAAAAAGCUUCAAGAGAAGUCAGGUUCAAUUCCUAUCAAUGACAUUACGCAAGGGAAACAUAAAAGAAAAGUUAUACCUGGAAGUAUAACGACCAGUCCAAUACAAAGUCCUUUACCAAGUCCGGAAGGUUCAGGACAGAAUUCGCCUUUGGGAACGGAACAACCUUUCUUUUCUACUAUGUCGGAAUUGAAAGAGGAAAAUCAGAGGUUGUUGAGAGCUCCGGAUAUGAUGAAUGGGUUUUCGAUAGGUCAAGGGAGGAAACAACCUGGCGAUUCUAGUGGGGGAGGAAGAGUGGAGAAGGGAGAAGGGGGAAAGAGUUUGAUACCUUUUGUUGAUGCUUUGUUUGGAGGGUAUUUGGCAAGUAUAAUUGUUUGUGAGAAGUGUAAAGGGGUAUCACACACAUACGAAGGCUUCCUUGACAUUUCCCUCUCUCUGAAAAGUGAUGAUCCUAAACCACGUAAACGUGAUCGUUUCAUAGCCGCCUUUGGUUUUGGUCACAAACAUCCCACCACUCAUCAACUUGGCGGUCAUGGUGACCCCUUCUCUGUUUCAUUACCUAAAGCCGUAGUAUCCGAUACCGAACUAUCCGACUCUGAACGUGUCCGAUUCAACUUGGACGAUCGUCGAAGAAGUUUAGAUCAUGUCGACCGUCCUGAAAGUGGUCAACUUGGAAGAAGUGGAUCUAAAACAUUUGGAGGAUUAAAACCCAAAACAUCUUUCUCAUUCAGAAAAAAAGAUAAAUUACGUCCUGGAACUUCGAAUUCCGUCAUUACUUCACCAACUCCAGAAAUCAUUUCUCCUCAAUAUCACACUGUACCUCCUCCUUCAAAUCCAUCCAACUCUCCUCCUUUAAAACCACAAGGUCCAACACCUGCUCAAGCGGCAUAUAUAGCACGUAUACUCACUCCUCCUCGUGGAUCAGAACAUGCCGAUCCACUAGCUCGAUUACGUGCAGCUCAUAAUGGCGAACAUGUGAUACCACCGGAAUCAGGAUUGAUAGAUGCGUUGAGCGAUUUCACAGCUGUUGAAGUAUUAGAAGGAGAAAACGCAUUUGCUUGUAAAAAAUGCUGGAAAUUGAAAAAAGCGUUAUCGAAAAAAAGAAGUGGUAGACAUGAAGCUACUGUUCCUGAAGAAGAUGAAAGAUCAUUAGAAAUUUCACCAAUAAUCUCAACUUCUCGUUUACCUCCUCCUGCAAUAUCGAUUCUUUCUUCACCUUCUUUUUCCGAUGAAUCUCUUCCUGCAGGGUCCGUAACAAAUCCCAAUACAUCAGAUCUCAUCGGACGUUCAAAAUCUUUAUCUUCUCAAGGUUCUAAACUUUUAAGAUCUCCUUCACCGUUAAGAAAGCAUUAUGAAGUUUCAACGAACCCAAUUCCCAAAACCGCUUCUCCUGAUCCUUCCGACUUGUCGAUCACAUCCAAUAACUCCAUUACUCCAGUCACUUCCAUCACAUCAAAUUCUUCAAUCCCUCCAAGAACAUCAAUAUCAAGUUCUAACCCUAACAGACGACCAUCAGACGAUCCAAGUCUCGUACGAACACAAACGGUUGAUACUACCGAUGCGGACUCUGAUGGGUUAUCAUGUUCCGAUUUCUCUUCCGAUGAAGAACCAAUUACGACGGCAGCGAUCCCAUUGAUAUCACCAGGUUUGAAACCGAAAUUACCGGGGAAGAAGAAGAGUUCUCAUUAUGUUAUGAGAAGGGCUUUCAAAAGGUAUUUGAUAGCGACAGCACCAGAAGUUUUGGUUUUUCAUUGGAAGAGGUUCAAACAGACACAUAAAGGGAGUAUGUUCUAUAGUUUUACGGAUUUGAAAAAGGUGGACGACUUCAUCUCUUUCCCCCCUAAAUUGGACCUCGCUCCGUUCCUCGCACCAAACAGAAGCGACUACAAGAUUGUUCAGACUACGGCGGGACCAAGGGCACCUUACAUGGACUGGACGUCGGAAGCGGGACCAAAACUAGAGCCGGUCAUGUACAGGUUGUAUGCCGUGGUCGUCCAUCUCGGAACAAUGAUCGGUGGUCAUUACAUUGCCUACUGUCUCGUCGACCCCGACAAAAUGUUUUCUUCAAAGUCGGAUGAACCUCCAAUAGACGAUUUGAAUAGGUUGUCCAUCUCUUCAACUCCUAAAAAUGAAUCAGCUUUGAAAGAGGAUAACCGUAUAUGGUGUUACUGCUCCGAUACUGAAAUCCGAAGAGCUGAGGAGGCUGAAGUUCUAGCUUCUAGUGCUUAUCUAUGUUUUUAUGAGAAGAUAUGA